UGAGCUCCAAUUUCUUCAAAUCUAAGCAGCUGUUCGGGUCAACGUCACACACUCGAACAUGUGUUACAGCUUGACCAGCUUAAAACUAAAUAUGACUUAUUUGUGUCACUCAUAAAGGUUGCAGAAACAAAGUCGGUACAGGUUUGGGAUCGUUACGUUUUUCUCUGCUUUACGGACAUUUAACACGUGUGUGUGUAUAAUAACCUUUGCUACAUGCGGUGUUCAUGUUUCAAGUUUGCUUUGCAGUUUAGUUACUGAUUCACUUCUGCGGGCUGUAUUGUGCAGCACUUGGAGCUCAUUUCCAUAUUAACUGACCUUUAAUACCGUGUGUAUCAGUUUGACGGCUGGACUGCAAACUGACUGUUGUUUUUGAUGUUUUUUUUAAUAAGCACAGGGUUACUUUAUGCUUCUUCGUCAUGUUUAAGAACCUUGUUUUGAAACUGGUCUGAGACUCUACUAAGCUGUCAACCAGGAAGUUGAGUUGGGUGUGUGGCAGUUGUUCCUCAUUUGUGAUCUUGUAGGGACAAGACGAAAGUUGCGGACAGGCGAGUCAGGAUUUCUUAAAUUAUUUGCACUGCCACUUUACAUUCCAGGUGUGUUGAGGGAAGAACUUCAGUUGCAAGUGUUUAUGAGUGACUCCUUUAACAUUUUAGAUCCAAGAGGGGACAAAAGCAGAGGAAAACAGAUUCUACCAAUGGGGACCAACUUCAACCAGAACCAUAACGACUUUCUGAUCACUGAUCCCAGACCACCAGAAUACGUCCAAGUUUUACAGAAGAAGACCGUGAAAGAGCUGCUCAUGAUGAGACGCCAGAGAUGGAACUGCUCGCAGGACGACAAGAACUCAGUGCACGCAUUUAAAUCUGCAAAAUUUGAAGUUUGUGGCAAUGAGCCGAACCGUUUUACGAAUCAUCUCUUCACUGCCUCUGCUGAAAAUGCUCCCGUUACCCCACAACAACUGCAACGUCCGGCUCUGCAGAGACAAGCGGCUCCGGCUGCUGAAGUGGACAUUUCUUUUUUUCACUGGCAAAUACAGCGAGAGUUGCAGAGGGUCCGAGGAGUUCCUCCUGAGCUGCUCAACACGCAAGAUGCGGAUGGUGACACAUGUCUUCACAUAGCAGUGGCACAAGGUCGACGGGCUCUUGCUUAUGUGCUUGCUGUCAGAAUGGCUCGAUGUGGCUCUCUGGACAUGAAAGAACACAAUGGGCAGACCGCUCUUCAGAUAGCAGCCACCACCAAUCAGCAGUUGAUAGUCCAGGACCUGCUGACACACGGAGCACAGAUCAACACUCGGGACUACUGGGGCCGCUCUCCUUUGCACGUGUGUGCUGAGAAAGGCUACUUUCUCACCCUUCAGAGCAUCUGGAGGACCCUAAUGGGGAGCGGGCAGCCAAUUGACAUUGAAAUGUUCAAUUAUGAUGGUUUCACUCCGCUGCAUGCAGCAGUGUUGUCUCACAACGCUAUUGUUAAAGAGCUGAAGGGGAGUCUUUGUUCAUAUAAGACGAAGGAGCUGCUGCAGAAGACACAGAUGUCUGUGGAGUGUAUCAAGACUCUGCUGCUCAUGGGCGCCUCCUGUGGGACAAAGGACCAAAAAAGUGGAAGGACGUGUCUUCACAUGGCUUCUGCGGAGGCAAACGUCGAGCUGUUUAACAUUUUCCUCGCGCAGCCAUCUUCACUGUCGGUCGUCAAUGUUCAGACGUUCAGUGGAAACACAGCCCUGCACAUCGUCAGCUCUUUGCAAAAUCAUGACACUCAAGUGGAAGCAGUGAAGCUGCUGAUGAGAAAAGGCGGCGACCCCGGGACCAGGAACUUUGAAAAUGAACUGCCGACUCAGCUGGUGCCAGAAGGACCCGUUGGUGAAAAGGUGCAGAAGAUCCUGAAAGGAAAAUAUUUGAAUGCUUAAGUGAAGCUCAAAAACACUGUCAGUCAGACAGUCCAAUCUAUCGUAAUAUUAUUUGCCAAAACAAGGCAGAUGCUGUUUGUUUCUGUGAAACAUGCCAUUGUUCAUUACUAUGUAAUGCCCAAAGAGAAAAUGGAGAUAUGAUUUGUAUUCUUUUGUUAAUUAACCUUUAUGUGACUUAAGGUGGUACGUUUAAGACUGCAACACAAUCAGCAAACUUUCUCUGUAAAUCUGUUAUUGCUGGAAAAGUUUAAUAUUUAUGCAGGAUUAUAAUCGUGGGUAGACAUGUUAUGCUGCAUAUCGUUGUAUUUAGAAAUACAUUAACAGUUUAACAUGUUGUAGGUUAUUUUCUUUUUAAUAAUUGUUUUUGGUGUUCAUAAUCUUGUUUGUUUAAAACAUGUGCAUGCAUUUUCAUAAAGGUUUAACAUUGUAGUUAAUGCAGAAAACAUUCUGACCACACACCUGUACUACAUUUUAUUGUGAAAGGGUUAUUGUUUGAUGUUAUAUUAUGAUAUAGAGUUUGAAAAACAUCAGGUAUAAUUUGGUGUUCUGGAAUUAAAUGUAUCAACGUUUUGAAUAUGUUGUAUUUUCAUGAAUUAAAAUGUACAAAGUCUU